AUAUCUGGAACAGCUGCGAAGUUGGGAAAACCGAAUGCUUAUCAUCAUUGCACGCUCUUGGUCAACGUGAACAAAGCCAAUCUGAGUUCGAUUCUUGAGAGGAAAGAGAAUGGUAUCGUCACAAAUGCGACGACUUCUGUACGCUCUCCAAUAAAAAACUUGUUCGAUAUAAACCGUAAUAUUCAAACGGAUAAGCUCUUAUCCGCUAUUGGCUGGGAAUAUCUGCGUACGAAAGCCCUCGUUCUCGAAGACGGAAAAUACGAUCUGGUGGAACAACAGAAGGGAUUCAAGUUUAUCAAUCCAACGGAAGCCUGGUUCCCUGGAAUUGAUAACUUCGCCAGCGAGUUCCGUUCUUGGGAUUGGAAUUUCGGCAAGACCCCGAAAUUUACGGUUACCCGCACGCUCGACUUUCCCGCUCACGAUGGUAAAUUGUAUCGUCUGAAUUUGAGCUUGGAGGUGCAGAACGGUAUGGUAGAGGAGAUCAGAAUGAGUUUGCCCGCUGGAUUAGUGUCGACCGACUUCACCCAAGACGCGAGCGUGAUUAGUAACAUUCGCGGCACGAAAUACGAUCAUGAAGUAACGGAAAACAUAAUCGCCGCGAUCGGCGGUAAGACCGUCACCGUAAAUACGUUUCAAAACGUAGAUGAAAAUAAUAUGAGGCUUGACGAGGCUACGCUGCAAUGAUCCGAAGUCUCGAGCAACCACAAUUCUGCUCCUAACGUUAUUGUGUUCAAAUGAGAAUAAUUAGUGUUAAAAAUAUGUUGUAUUAUAUAUGUACAGAUAUAACACAUUACGUGCCUAUAAUAUUUUUUACAUAUAUAACAAUAUACAACGCGCAAAAAAUAAAAAGAAUAUGUUAUUCAAUAGCAUAUCUACCACUAUUAUCUAAACAUUGAUUAAGAAUGUGAUAAUAUAAAAUGCACAUCUUGCCUAAUUUUUCAUCAUUGAUAUUAUCGAGAUAAUAUGUAUCAUAUUUUAAUUUUCUAUUGUUUUUGCAUUAACUAUUAUAAACUAAACUAGGUUUUCUAUAAUUGGAGUCCUUUCAUUAACUAUUUAUUGAUUUAUGCAUGUACUAUUAAAAGUAAUCCGAAUUAUUUCUUUUUGACAUUGUAACGAAAAAAAUUUUGAUUUGUAAUAUAUAUAUAUAGUAUAUAUAUAUAUAAUAUUUUAUAAAUUAAAUCUGUACAUUACUUAAAUAAAAUUGUAUAUUGAAAUAAAUCUUGACAUUUACAUAUGUUCAAAAAUCGUGUUAAAAAGAUGGCACCAUCUAUUAGGGCAUGUGUCUUUCGUCUUUUGAUUAUUAAUGCGUACUAUCGUUUAAAUUACUUUAUAUUACUUAAAUAUUAAUUUAAAUUAAUCGUUUAAAUACUUAUAAGAAAAAUGCGAUUAAAGCUGGAUCUUAAUAAUAUUUUUAUGUAAAUUUUGAAUACAUUGUCUAGUUCUAUAAAUUGCCUGCUGGAUCUUAGUGUGAAACUUGAAACGCAAUUAUAAUAAACUGAAAUAGUAAUACAAGUUAAAUUGAUCGUCAAAUAAUGAUGCUAAUAAGCAUCUUAAAAUUGUAAAGAAUUUAUUGUGAAAACUAUCACCCUAGCCAGCGAAUUCUUUGCAGUUUGAAAAUGCUUAUUAGCGUCAUUAUUAAAUUAAUGAUCAGUAUAAUUUGUGAUGUUACUAUUUCAGCUUUAAUUACGGUGACAUAUGUUAGUUAUAAGAUUUGAACUUAAGUGCUAAAAAAAAGUAGAAAAGAUGGAUGUAUAUGUGCGGAUAAAAAAAAUGUAAGUUCUUUUUUUAGCUUGUAUAAUCUGGAAUAAAUAGGUAUUCUAUUCUAUUCCCGUUUUAAUUUAUGAUUGUAUUGAAGUCUAAUAAUACUCGGCUCACAGUUUA